AGUUAUAGAGAAUCCUGUUUUACCGGCUCAUUACGUCAUUUAUUUAUCGAGUCAACCUGUCAAAAUAUUUCACACGAUUCCAUUUGAACAAUAAUAAAAACUUUCUACAGCAUGUCGUGCCUCAAUUAGUGCUCUAAAUCAUGGCAUCGCACCAGCCUUACACAGGUGACAUCCUCCACUUGAACGUCGGCGGUAAAAGAUUUUCCACAUCAAAACAAACCCUAACUCUCAUCCCUGACACUUUCUUUACCGCACUACUCAGCGGACGAAUCUCGAGCUUACGUGAUGAAAAAGGUGCGAUUUUCAUCGACCGCGAUCCUGAAAUUUUCUCAAUCAUUUUAAAUUAUCUGCGGACGCGUGAAAUCGAUUUACAUGGCACAAACAUACGGACGUUGCGCCACGAAGCCGAGUACUACAAUAUAGCCCCCUUGGUGAAGCGGUUGAUACUUUGCGAGGAACUGACACAGUCAACUUGUGGAGAUGUGCUGUUUUACGGUUAUCUGCCACCCCCUUACGUUCCAAUUCAGGAUGCGCCUAAUCCGCAGUAUGUGGAAGCCACAGCUGUUCAUUCCGUACGUCCUGGCUCCAGUAUUCGAUUGCCGGAUGGUGAAAACAGUGGGGAAAAUGGGGGCCCGCAUUGGCCACAUCCUCCUCAAAUUCCCCCGAAUCAAGUAAUCACGACGCCCUAUAGCAGGACUCAAGGACAUUCGCGUAAUUCUUCAAUGGAAUUGAGAGUUUCGGCAACUUACAGUCGAAGUUCUCAGGAUUUAAGGGGACUGGCGAGUCGGGGACAUUCUCGGGCCGCUUCUUUAGAUUUAAGACACGUUAGGAAUUCGUCAGCCGAUUUGAACAAGUUGUUUAGGAAUGAUAUUGGUUUGGUUUUCGGAAAUUCGGGGUCUACGUGGGCUGACCCAUUACGUGUCCAAAUCAUUAAAGCCCAUCACAAUUGGAUUGUUGUAGGUUACGCUCAUUUUAUAGUUAGUUACAGACUGAAAGACUCCAGUGGUUGGCAACAAGUUUUCACUAGCCCCCACAUAGAGCAAAACAUUGAACGAAUCGCAAUCAAUGCGAAAAUGGGUAGCGGUGAAAACUCUAAAAUGGUUGCGAUUUCGUACGGAAGUCAAGUUCGUUUGUGGGGAAUUUCAGAUAAUGGCGAAAAAACAAACAUUGGAAUAUUUAAUUUGCAUGUUCCUGUCGAGUAUUUAUUUUUUAUCGGUAGUCAAUUAGUUGCGUUGUCUUCAUCCGGGAAGUUGGGAGUUUGGCAUGCAAUGACUCAACAUUGGCAAACGCAAGAUGUCAUGAGAAUCGCUUCCUUUGAUACAGCAGGAUCGAUUCUUCUCCUUGGUUGUAAUAACGGUUGUAUUUACUACAUAGAUAUGCAAAAAUUUCCUUUAAGAAUGAAAGAUAACGAUUUGUUAGUUACUGAACUUUAUCGGGAUCCGAAUAAUGAUCCUGUUACGGCAAUUUCCGUUUAUCUAACACCGAAAACAACGUCAGAGAGAGGUCGGGAAGAUUUGUGUGGCAAUUGGAUUGAAAUCGCAUACGGAACGACUUCUGGCGCAGUGCGCGUCAUCGUCCAACAUCCGGAAACAGUAGGUCACGGCCCUCAACUCUUCCAGACGUUCACAGUGCACCAAAGUCCCGUCACUAAAGUGACCUUAUCUGAGAAAUAUCUCGUUUCGGUCUGUUGCGAGUACAAUCAUGUGCGUUCUUGGCGAGUGACUCGCUUCAGAGGCAUGUUGUCGACGCAGCCGGGCUCCACCCCAGAAGCCUCCUUCAAGAUCGUCUCGUUGGAAGCAGUGGAGCCGUCAAUAAGUCACGCCACCUCCAACGAUUGUGGCCCGUUCGGCGAACAAGACGACGAACAGGUUUUCAUCCAGAAAAUUGUUCCUGAUGCGGAUCAACUGUUUGUCCGAUUGGCGAGCAACGGGAGAAGAGUUUGUGUGAUUAAAGCCGUAGAUGGCAGCACUGUCAGUGCGUUCUGUGUGCAUGAGUGUGAAGGCUCGAGUCGAAUGGGUUCGAGGCCGAGGCGGUUUAUUUUUACGGGACAUUCGAAUGGAUCGAUACAAAUGUGGGAUUUGACGACGGCGUUGGAUUUGGCGUAUAAAACGGAUUUAGCUGAUAAGACGAACGGAGGACCCUCACCUGAGGAAUUGUUGCAAAUGUUGGACCAAUGUGAUUUGAGUAAUAGUUUGUGUUCGACGCCUUGUAUGUCGCCUCUUCCUUCCAUUGCAGCAGCUGCGAGACUCAAAUCCAGUAAUGUGGCGUUUUUGAAUCAACAGGACGAUAGAGCCUCAAGUUCCAGUUAAAAAUUGGGGCACGAGUGUGCAAUAAAAAUCUUGCCUUGGUUAUUUUUAUCCUUAUUGUUACUUUUCAGUGGUAUUAGUUUUUAAUUAAAUGAAAUAUCGGUGUUAUUAAAUGGACUCUAUUGUUGACUGAAGCUUUGCUAUUUUUUACAAUUGGCAAAUGCUCUUGAAAUUGAAUUGUGAUAAAUUUUCAUGUUUCUUGAUGUAGAUCGUCCUCUUCAUUUAUUAAAUAAAAUACGAAAAAAUUAA